UCAACCGUCUGUUAGCUGGCGUGUAGCGCCAGGGCACUGUGACGUAAUGUGAGGGGUCGCCCGGCAGGGCUGAGCUGGACCAAUGAGGAAAGGCAAGGGGUCGAUUUGCCUGUUCUCACGCCCCACCCUCAGACCUAGCCGGAGCAAAGUUUCGCUUAUAGAAGGGAGAGGAGCGAACAUGGCAGCGCGUUGGUGGGUUUGGUGUGUCUCUGUGACCAUGGCGGUGGCGCUACUCAUCGUUUACGACGUUCCCUCGGCCUCUGCCCAAAGAAAGAAGGAGAUGGUGUUAUCUGAAAAGGUUAGUCAGCUGAUGGAAUGGACUAACAAAAGACCUGUAAUAAGAAUGAAUGGAGACAAGUUCCGUCGCCUUGUGAAAGCCCCACCGAGAAAUUACUCCGUUAUUGUCAUGUUCACUGCUCUCCAACUUCAUAGACAGUGUGUCGUUUGCAAGCAAGCUGAUGAAGAAUUUCAGAUCCUGGCAAACUCCUGGCGAUACUCCAGUGCAUUCACCAACAGGAUAUUUUUUGCCAUGGUGGAUUUUGAUGAAGGCUCUGAUGUAUUUCAAAUGCUAAACAUGAAUUCAGCUCCAACUUUCAUCAACUUUCCGGCAAAAGGGAAACCCAAACGGGGUGAUACAUAUGAGUUACAGGUGCGGGGUUUUUCAGCUGAGCAGAUUGCCCGGUGGAUCGCCGACAGAACUGAUGUCAAUAUUAGAGUGAUUAGACCCCCAAAUUAUGCUGGUCCCCUUAUGUUGGGAUUGCUUUUGGCUGUUAUUGGUGGACUUGUGUAUCUUCGAAGAAGCAAUAUGGAAUUUCUCUUUAAUAAAACUGGAUGGGCUUUUGCAGCUUUGUGUUUUGUGCUUGCUAUGACAUCUGGUCAAAUGUGGAACCAUAUAAGAGGACCACCAUAUGCCCAUAAGAAUCCCCACACAGGACAUGUGAAUUAUAUCCAUGGAAGCAGUCAAGCCCAGUUUGUAGCUGAAACACACAUUGUUCUUCUGUUUAAUGGUGGAGUUACCUUAGGAAUGGUGCUUUUAUGUGAAGCUGCUACCUCUGACAUGGAUAUUGGAAAGCGAAAGAUAAUGUGUGUGGCUGGUAUUGGACUCGUUGUAUUAUUCUUCAGUUGGAUGCUCUCUAUUUUUAGAUCUAAAUAUCAUGGCUACCCAUACAGCUUUCUGAUGAGUUAAAAAGGUCCCAGAGAUAUGUUGACACUGGAGUACUGGAAAUUGAAAAAUGAAAACUGUGUGUGUUUGAAAAGAAGAAUGCAACUUGUGUAUUUUGUAUUACCUCUUUUUUUCAAGUGAUUUAAAUAGUUAAUCAUUUAACCAAAGAAGAUGUGUAGUGCCUUAACAAACAAUUCUCUGUCAAAAUCAUUAGGUAUUUGAAAAUGAUUAUCCUCUUAACCUUCUCUUCCCAGUGAACUUUAUGGAACAUUUAAUUUAGUAGAAUUAAGUAUAUUAUAAAAACUGUAAAACUACUACUUUGUUUUAGUUAGCACAAAGCUCAAAACUACUUCAGUUAACUUGGUCAUCUGAUUUUAUAUUGCCUUAUCCAAAGAUGGGGAAAGUAAGUCCUGACCAGGUGUUCCCACAUAUGCCUGUUACAGGUAACUACAUCAGGAAUUCAUUCUUAGCUUUUCCAUCUUUGCGUGGAUGUGUAUACUUUACGCAUCUUUCCUUUUGGGUAGAGAAAUUAUAUGUGCCAUGUGGUCUUCUGAAAAUGGAACACCAUUCUUUAGAGCACACGUCUAGCCCUCGAAAAGACAGUCAUUUCUCCUCCUCCUUGCCUAUUUCCUACUGAAAUACAGUGCUGUGAUUUUUUGUUUUGUUUUGUUUUGUUGUUUUUUUGAGACAGGGUCUCGCUGUGUCACACAGGUUGAAGUGCAGUGGCGUGAGCUCGGCUGACUGCAAACUCUGCCUCCCAGGUUUAAGCGAUUCUCCUGCCUCAGCUUCCCAAGUAGCUGGGAUUUACAGGUGUGCACCACCAUGUCAGGCUAAUUUUUGGAUUUUUAGUAGAGACAGGGUUUCGCCAAGUUGUUCGGGCUGGUUUUGAACUCCUGGGCUCAAGUGAUCUGCCCACCUCAGUCUCCCAAAGUGCGAGGAUGACAUGUGUGAGCUACCACACCAACAAUGUCUAUACUUCUCGAUAGCUGUGAACAUGAAAAAGGACAUCUAUUGGGAGGCCAAGGCAGGUGGAUUGCUUGAGGCCAAGAGUUAGAGACCAGCCUGGCCAACAAGGCAAAACCCCGUCUCUACUAAAAAUAUGAAAAUUAGCUGGGCUUGGUGGCUCAUGCCUGUAAUCCUAGCUACUUGGGAGGCUGAGGCACGAGACUUGCUUAAACCUGGGAGGCGGAGAUUGCAGUGAGCCAAAAUCAUGCUACUGCACUCCAGCCUGAGUGACAGAGUGAGAUUCUGUCUCAAAAAAAAAAAAAGUAUCUCUAAAUACAGGAUUAUGAUUUCUGCUUGAGUAUGGUGUUAACUACCUUGUAUUUAGAAAGAUUUCAGAUUCAUCCCAUCUCCUUAGUUUUCUUUUAAGGUGACCCAUCUGUGAUAAAAAUAUAACUUAGUGCUAAAAUCGGUGUGACUUAUACAUGGUCUAAAAUGUUUCUGCAAAUUAGAGUUUGUCACUUAUUCCAUUUGUACCUAAGAGAAAAAUAGGCUCAGUUAGAAAAGGACUCCCUGGCCGGGUGUGGUGGCUUACGCCUGUAAUCUCAGCACUUUGGGAGGCUGAGGCAGGCGGAUCAUGAGGUCAGAAGUUCGAGACUAUCCUGGCCAACAUGGUGAGACCCCAUCUCUACUAAAAGUACAAAAAUUAGCUGGGUGUGGUGGUGGGCACCUGUAAUCCCAGCUACAUGGGAGGCUGAGGCACGAGAAUCACUUGAACUCAGGAGAUGGAAGUUGCAGUGAGCCAAGAUCACACCACUGCACUCCAGCCUGGCAAUAGAGCGAAACUCCAUCUCAAAAAAAAAGAAAGAAAAGGACUCCCUUAGAAUGGGAAAGGAAAAUCAUAAAAUACUGAGAUGUUGCCUGUAUAUAGAAAUUAAGCGUUUCUCGAAAGCUGUUCUGUGUUUUGCUGUUAUUUUGUCUUUAUUCUCUUCCUUUAGGUGGAGAAACAAAGUACAAAUUUGAAGGGAUUUUUUUUAAAUUUUGUCUUUUUUUUUUUUUGUCGGUGGAAGUAACCAUAUGUGCUAACCAAAUUUCUGUGAAGAAUGUUUUCAUGGUUAUCAUUAUAUCUAACUAUAACCUCCCCAUAGUUGUGAAGAGUAACCUGAAAUGCCACUGUUGUGGAAAUAGGAUAAUUGUAAUUGUGAAAAAAUAAUUUUAAGGAAAUCUUACAAGUAUUACAUUAAAAAGAUACUAUGACUGCCACCUGCUAUUUACCUUCUAAUAACCCUGCCAUGUGGUUUGCAGAAAGAGAUGGAUAUAGUAGCCUUAGAAGAAAUAUUUUAUGUGGGUUUUUUUGUUUUUCCUUACUAGAUUUCAUGGAUGAGGGGAUAUGGUUGACCUUUUACUCUUUAAUGGAGCAGCCACUUUUUGUUAAUUACUCACCUGUAAAUUGUGAGAUUCUGAAUUCCUUACCUGCUAUUCUUGUACUUGUCUCAGGCCAAAUCUAUGCUAUGGUUCUUAUGAGACUUGUAUGAAGAUGCCCUGAUUUGUACAGAUUCACCACAGGAAUACUACUGCCAUGUAAUCUGUAUAGUUCCAGAUAAUUUGACAUGAACAUUGACAGAAUGACAGUUUUUUGUAUUUGCUUUUUCUCCCUUUAAGAGCACAUUCUUCUGUAAGGAGAAAGGCAGCAUUCUGGCUAAAAUGUGUGGAAAGCUAAUUUACUACACUUAUAAAAUAGUGUUACUUUUGUGAAAAUUUUGAAUUAGCUUUCAUAUGAAGUGCCUUAAGUAGACUCUUCAUUUACUUUUCUAGUAAUGGUUUAAAUAUCAUUUGUUAUGCAUUUUUAAGAUACAAUUCAGAAAGACACAUUGUAGUGGCAAAGAUAACCAAAUGUCUGGCUGUUUGCUUUUUGACCAUAUCAAUAAACUUUUACAAUCUAAAUUCUGAGUUUUUGAUUACCAUCUAAAGAGGAAUGAGUUUUAAACACUAAACUAGAAUUGCAAAAUUAGGAUAUUCCAUUUUGAAGUUAUAGUUAAAUUCAUUUAAAUUUCAUAUUGUCCUAAGGACAGUUUGAUGGGACAGUUUCUUUAAGUAUUUCUGGAUUGGGAUAUAUUCUUCUAGGAAUCCAUACAUGGUCCCUCAUUCUUAAUGUUACCCAUUAGGUGAGUCAAAACAACCAACAUGAGUAGAUAAAUGACUGUUUGCAACAAUUGAUCUACCUUUCGUCCCAGACAGUGAACAUUCCUUGACUAGGUAAUUUCCUUUUGGUAAUAAAAACUUGAUUUGAAAAUUACCCUGGCAGAUUAUCAAGUUAUAUGAAACUAGACAGCAGCUCAUUUGCAAACAUGGAGUAGAAACACUGCACAGGGAGUAAAGAGAUCUGACUUUUAGCCCUUGCUCUGUUUCUGUCUAACUAUAUGACCAUAGGUGUCACCUGAACCUCUCUGAACAAAUUUCUUUAUACUAAGUAGAGUGUAUUAGACUAAAUUACCUUAGUAGUCUUUCCUGCUGUAUUGUUCUAUUAUGCAAAAUAUUAAAGAUGUACUUAAAUUUGA